AUGUAUGAAGACAGAGAACCCGUAUUUGAUGCUGCGGAUAAAAGUUAUAUUGAUGAUAACGACUUUGUAAAUUACCGGGUAAAUGAAGCCAACAAACGGCUAAAUUUAGUGAGCUGUGACAAAGAAAUAAAUUAUAAGGAGUCACCGGAAGUUCAUAAGCCUAAAUCUAGCAAAAUGAAUACUAAACUUUACAAAAAACAGUUACAAUAUAAUUUGCCAGAUCGUAUAAGUGAGGAGAAAGAUUUUAUUAUUUACGAAAUUAGCGACCCAGAAUUGUGGUACAGCGCUCAGGCACAGUUGUUUGAAAAACUAAGUACUCCUGAGGGAAAGACUGUGUGGAAUGACCUAACGAAAGAUGAAACGGCAUGUGUCAAUUCUGUAAAUCCAGAGUGGUCAAAUCAAGACGUUGAUAUUCAAUAUAAGUCAGCUGACUUUCUAGCCAGGGAGGAUUAUAGGCUUCCCAGACCGGAUUUAUGUUUAGUUGUACCUAUAAAACAAGAUCACGAAAAUGGUACCAAGGUAUAUAAUCUUUACGAAAAUACAGAUACUAUUGGUGAAUUUAUGAUCGUACCAGUGGAUGACGUUAUAACAUUAGAAGACCCAAAAGAUAUCAAUAAACGAGAUGAAAAUUCUAAUUUGAGCUCAGCCCCUAAAGGAGCAAAUGACCAGCGUCGUCGUCAAGUUAUAGUUAGAUCUGCAAGAGCAUUGAUUGGUGUUACUGCUGAUAACCUGAAAAUAGUAUCUCGAGGAUCGGACAGAUAUCUUAAAUUGCCCCACAAAAAACCUCAUUAUGCACAAAUUGACUUGGAAGCUAGGGCAGACGAUAAUCAACUUAUACUUGUGGGAGUUCUUGGACGAUUAACUACUAUUGUAUCAGACACAACUCGAAGAAGUCGUUCAAUGCUGACUGUACAAGCUACAAAUACUGGGUUGGCUGCGGCACGUAUGAGGGUCUUAACUCGUGGAUGCAGACCUGAAUUACUAGACAGCAAUAGUGACCAAGAUGAAACGAGAGCCGUUCCCGUAAUUUUGCCUCCGAAACAUACCAGAACUUUUCGACUGAAGUUACCCUUACCAAUACCUAUCGAAAGCGCCAAUUGCACUAUUGUUUUACUUAAUGACGAUGAUAAAUCUAUUGCUCUUCGAGAUGUGAGAAUCAAACGCGAUGAUCGUUGUUUCUGUGUUUGGCACUGUGACUGUGUAUGUCUGGGUGAAGAUCCUAAGCUGCUUUGUCGAGAUAUGUCAGCGGCACAGCUUUUGGCUGCAGGAUUGUCGGCACAGCAAAAAUCACGCCACGCACGCUCUGUUUGCUAUCCGGACAUUGUCACUCUUAACCUGUUUGUCACCUUUAUAGGGGUUCUUAUAGCUUUAUUGAUUCUUGGUUUGUUGAAAGCAUUACUCGGGCUGGCUUGCCGCUGCGUAGCUACGUGGGGUCUGCACCGAUUUCUAGAAACGCCACGGAAGCUCGAUCACUACUACGAAAGAUCGCUCCGCAAUCGACGAGUGCUGUAUGACGACGAGGGGUGGCCGAUCCAUCCCGAUACAAAAGAACGAACUGUGGGUCUUGUCAGCGAACCGAUGGAAUUCAUUUUAAAUGUUAUAUUUUUCGUAACUUUACCGUGUCUAAUGCUUUGGGACGCCAUGAGGAAACUCUGCCGUUGUCAAAGGUUGGACGGAAACUCUGAGCUUAACUAUAAAAUGGACGAGGAUGUGAAAAGAUGUUUUAGUUCUCACGACGUUCAGGUUACGAAGCGGCAAUUGCGACGCCGCCGCCGUGAACUUCAUAGAUGGAUGACACCGCAGGCCGAAGAGCUAACCGCUGGCAUUUGGCAAAAAGGUUUAUCUACUCUUGGGGAAAAGACGCGUGUUUAUUUACCAUUACUUCAAGAUAAAAGUGGCUUUCGGAAAACCUGCGAACACUCAUCUUAUAUUGAUUCCGAACAAGAUGACACUGAAUAUGUUCUGAUGCAAAUGCAAAAGAGCAGGGAAUCGCUUGCGAGAAGCCAGCAACAGCUAGAAACGAAAACAUGCAAGGAGAUUACCAACGUUGACGACGUGAACCGAUAA